GGUCGGGACCCCGCGUCCCGCCCUGUGGGUGCACACGAUGCGGCUGGGCUCCGGGACCUUUGCUGCCGGUUGCGUGACGAUCGAGGUGCUCGGUGUCGCGCUCUUCCUUCGGGGAUUCUUCCCGGCGCCCGUUCGCUCCUCUUCGAGUACGGAGCGCCGAACAGAAGCCGCCGCGCCAGAGCCCUGGGCCGGGGCCGGUUCCAACUGGACCAAACUCCCACCGCCUCUCUUCAGUAAAGUUGUUAUCGUGCUGAUAGACGCUUUGAGAGAUGAUUUUGUGUUUGGGUCAAAGGGUGUGAAAUUUAUGCCCUACACAACUUAUCUCGUGGAAAAAGGAGCAUCUCACAGUUUUGUGGCUGAAGCAAAGCCCCCUACAGUUACGAUGCCUCGAAUCAAGGCUUUAAUGACAGGGAGCCUCCCUGGCUUUAUCGAUGUUGACAGGAACCUCAAUUCUCCUGCACUACUGGAAGACAACGUGAUAAGACAGGCAAAAGCAGCUGGGAAAAGAAUAAUCUUUUAUGGAGAUGAAACAUGGGUUAAAUUAUUCCCAAAGCAUUUUGUGGAAUAUGAUGGAACAACCUCAUUUUUUGUGUCAGAUUACACAGAGGUGGAUAACAAUGUCACACGGCAUUUGGAUAAAGUAUUGAAAAGAGGAGACUGGGACAUGUUAAUCCUCCACUACCUAGGACUGGACCACAUUGGCCACAUUUUCGGGCCCAACAGCCCCCUGAUUGGGCGCAAGCUCAGCGAGAUGGACAGUGUCCUGAUGAAGAUCCAUACCUCACUGCUCUCCAAGGAGAGAGACACUGUUUUGCCCAAUCUGCUGGUUCUUUGUGGUGAUCAUGGCAUGUCUGAAACAGGAAGUCACGGGGCCUCUUCCAUAGGGGAAGUGAACACACCUCUGAUUUUAAUCAGUUCUGCAUUUGAAAGGAAACCUGGUGACCUCCGACAUCCAAAGCACGUCCAACAGACUGAUUUGGCUGCAACACUAGCAGUAGGACUUGGUUUGCCAAUUCCAAAAGACAGUGUAGGGAGUCUUUUAUUCCCAGUUGUAGAAGGAAAACCAAUGAGAGAACAGCUGAGAUUUUUACAGUUAAAUACAGUGCAGCUUAGCAAAUUGUUGCAAGAGAACGUACCAUCAUAUGAAAAAGAUCCUGGAUAUGAGCAGUUUAAAAUGUCAGAACGGUUGCAUGGGAACUGGAUUAAACUGUACUUGCAGGAAAAUCAUUCAGAAGUCCUUUUCAAUCUGGGGACCAAGGUUCUCAGGCAGUACCUGGAUGCUCUGAAGACCCUGAGUCUGUCCCUGAGCACACAAGUGGCCCAGUUCUCACCCUGCUGCUUCUCAGCAUCCCACAGGCACUGUGCAGAAAGGCUGAGCUGGAGGUUCCGCUGUCGUCCCCUGUGUUUUCUCUGCUCUUUUAUCUGGUGUUUCUGGUUUCUUUGGCCAUUCAUGUUAUUGUGUGCACCUCAGCCGAGAGCUCCUGCUAUUUCUGCAGCCUCUCAUGGCUGGCAGCAGGUGGAGUGAUGUUGUUGAUUUCUGCGCUGCUGUGUGCGAUUGUUUCUGCUGCUACCAGGAUGUUCGUCAGUGGAGAUCUCCUG